UGUGAUGGUGGGAUAAUUUUAUUGCUUGGAAUCCCAUUUGUGGUUUUCCCCCAGCUAUUUCCUCUUCUGUUUCCUCCAGACCUCUUGGGAAGCGGAUCAGAUUAUUUAGCUGCUGAAGAAUAGCUCGUCUCUGCCGUCGUCAUGGGAUCUGGUUUGAUCUAUGCAUCUGUGCUCCUCCUGUGCUUCUGGUUACGUGAAGGGAAUUCACAGAACCUCAUCAAUGACCAAAAGAUGAAGACGACCCUCCUGAUCAAUGAGGUCAACGCAGAUAAUCCAGGAGAUGACACCAUGGAGUAUUUGGAACUCUACCACGUCAGCGGACAAAGAGUCGCUUUGAACGGAUAUCAUUUAGUCCUCUACAACGGGAAGGGAAAUGUAGCCUACAAAGUCUUGGAUCUUGGCAACCUUUUCACAGAUGACCAGGGUUUUCUCCUGGUUGGGUCUGGCAACCUUGUCCCAAGGCCAGCUAUCAUCCUCCCGAAGGGCAGCAUCCAGAACGGGCCGGAUGCAAUUGCUCUCUAUUUUGGGAGGUCGAACUUGUACGUAGGCAUGCCUGUAAACAAUGAAAAUUUGGUAGAUGCUUUGGUUCAUAAAUCUAACAAAAGGGACAAAGCUGAUGAGUUGGUUCGCGUUCUGACCCCUGGCACAGAACCUUUCUUGGAGGACCCUUCAUUCCGGAUCACCGACGAUGAGUCUAUGGAGAGGUGCCAAGGGAUGGAUUCUCAAAGGUUCUUCCAACUAGGGGCACCAACUCCAGGCUCAGAUAACCACUGCAUUCCUUUCUCACAGCUGAACGCCUCUGUUGGGCUGAUCAAUGAGGUUAAGUUGGCCUCCUCUCUUGGAGACGCUGAGUUUGUGGAGCUCCAAGGCCACCCUUCCGUAGAGGUGAAGGACCUGGUGCUGGUGCUGGUGGAAGGAAGCACCCAAAAGAUCUACUCUGCCAUGGAGGUCAAGGGUGAAACGUCUCCUGAUGGGUUACUUCUGUUGGGUUCAGGACUGUCCAAAAUUCCAGAGGGCGCAGCUCACUUUCAGAAUUUCACUUUCCACCAGAAUUCCAGCACCACCUCCCUUCUCAAAGCAGGAACCAACGCCGUUGCCCUCUAUGGUGGGUCCAUCAGCCACUUUGUGGUGGGCUCCAGAAUCACGUCGACACCAGCUCUUCUGGAUGCCUUGGUGUACACAACGGUGGAGCAGCUGAGUUCGGAGCUGCUGGACAUCUUGACCCCUGGGAAGCCUCCCUUCUACGUGAGCAAACAAUUGCCAACUGAAACCUCAGGACGAAAGCACGAUACAGAGAGUUUUGGCCCAGUCUCUGGAGAAACGAUGCAACUGCAGUUUUUCCCCAGCGUAUUUCAAAGAUCCUGUUUUAACCUGUGAAGGCAGAGAAAUGACUUUCACUGCCGUCAUGAGUGCCCGGUCAACAGACCAGCUGGACCGUGAGUUGCAGUCCCUCUCAAUGAUGGAGAAGAGUGAAGAACGGUUUCGUUUUGGAAACCAGAACAACAGUAUGGCGAUGAAGACUUGUUCAAGCAGUGCAGAAGGGACAGGCACACCUCCAG